GAAAUCCUUUGCCAUUCCCAUCCCGGUAGCGGCUUGGGUGGCGAUUCUUUGGCCGCCGCCCAGUGCAUCUUGUAAGGCUUUGACAGGUGCAUAGACAACCAAGCGUUUGUCGCCAGCCGAGAGUCUUUUGGACAUGUCAAACGAAGCUGGGUCCCACCUUUUUCUGCCCUCUGCAAAUGACAUCCCCUUCGGAAAGACAUUGAGCUUACGCAGCAUGCGUUCCAUCCAAGAAGAAGAACCCGUACUUGAUCCUAUUGGAAGGAGCCCCAGCACAACUGUUCCCACACCAGAUGCGGAGUACUUCGGAUCUCCAAACGAUGAGCGGUCCAGCUUUGGGCCCUCAUUUUCUUACGUUGCAGAGCAAGGUAGGAUGGCAAAAGGCAGCGACACUGAAGAGGAAGAGGAGGAGGAGUUGGCAUGGGCUAAGCACACCUCCAUUGUGACGGACUAUGGAGAGGAUGUUUGGGUCAAGCCUUCUCCACGACUUGGUCUUCAACUGACCCCACCGGAAGCUAUGCGUGGAAGCCGUCGCAAUAGUAGGCUUGCACGAGGUAUCUCUGAUGAAGCUGAUGAAGAGCUGGAGGACCCCAUGACUUUCACCAAGUUCAAUAGCUUGUUGACAGAUGGCGGAGAGGACGUCAGAUGGGGUGCAUUUUUGACCGAUGACCCUUUGGCCACCACUGCAUCCCGAGUCCGAAGCCAAGCUCGGAUUGAGAGCCUGCGUGCACAGAGUGCCGCAGAGGACCUGAGGUUGGGCCGCUUCAACAGCAUGCGCUCAAAUCAAGGGGAGGAGCUGCCAAUUGGAAAACACAGCAGCCUGGUGACGGACUUUGGAGAUGAGGAGGUGGUAGGAAAUAUGCCAAGUCUUAUCACCAAGACCGUGACCAAAUUUCUUCAUGAACGUGGUUCCAUCGAUGCUUUGGAGGACACAUUGCAAGCAGCCGCUUUUGCAAGUGCUGCCAAUGCGGCGGCUCCAGGCAUGCCUGGCUAUCCGAACUUUCAACAGCCCAGAAACGAAGCUCCACAAGUUCCGCCGGGAGUUCUCCCACAGGCCCGCGGCCGCCCGGCAAUCCCACCCGCCUUCUUGCCAUUAGAGGAGAAUCCUGGACUGCCCCGCAAUCUUCAGCCGCCGCUAGCUCCAGCGACAAACUCCCUCCCAGGUGCCGCUAGCUUUUCGCCGGGAGGGCUGUUGAACUUGGCCCAGGGCCAAGCUGGCGCUUCAGUCCCACCACUGUAUGGUGGUCAGGGGGCUUCGCCAACAGCUGCUGCGAUUCAAUCACAAGCAGCUCAGAUGGCGCACGAGCGGCUUCUAAUGGCAGAUGCAUCAGAGAGGAGGUUCCGCCAAGUUGGACUUGAUGCUGGCCUUAGUCAGCUUCAGGCGUCUUCCCUUGGAAUGGACCCGCGCUUGGCAUCGCUUGUUGCUGCACAGUCUGCCUUCCAAGCGCCCAACGUAACUUCGCUUGCUGGUCUUCCUAUGGCACCUCAAAUGGGCCAAAGUGGACCGAUGCCAGCUGGCGACUUGGAGACCAUGUUGACAGAGAACUUGCUGAAGCAACGCCACCACUUGCAGCAACUUCAGCUGCACCAGGUGCACCAACAACAGAUGCAGCUGCAGCAGUUGAUGCAAGCUCAGCAGCAGCCGCCACAGCUGCAACAGCUUGGCGCAGCCCAAGCGCAGCUACUGAUGCAGCAGCCAGCCAUGCAGUCCAUGUCACCAAUUGGGCAAGCGCCUCGUGGAGGGCGUGGUCAGGAACGACCAAAUCAUCGUGACACACGUGGAAAGGAGAAGUCGUCACCCUCAAAACGGCAGAAGGAGAAGCAAACAACCGUCAUGUUGCGGAAUUUGCCUGUAGGGUAUUCGCGGGACAUGCUGGUGGCGUUGAUGAACCGCUACGGUUUUGAAGCAAGCUUCGACUUUGUCUACAUACCCAUCAACUUCCGCACACAGGCGAUGUUUGGCUACGCCUUCGUGAACUUUGUGGAUGAGCUGAAAGCUCUACGUGCGCGUCGAAUUUUUGAAGGCUUCACAGAAUGGGGAGUUGAGACUGACAAGGUCUGUGAGGUCUCCUGGAGCGAUAUGCAUCAGGGUUUGUUGGCGCAUGUCAACCGCUACCGAAGCAGUCCGGUGAUGCAUGAGUCAGUUCCAGAUGAGUACAAGCCCGCAGUGUAUUCUCAAGGACAGCGCGUCGCCUUCCCAGCACCAACCAAGCGAAUCCGUGUGCCACGCAUCCGUCGAGCGCCUGAAGGCGGAGAAGAUGAUGCAGGAGAGGAUGACUAUGGCUUGGACGGUGAUAUCUAAGUGCUCUAAGUAGUUCCAACUUCAAAGGCACUCCCCUGUCUGUUGGACGGGGUCAAAACAUACUGAGCAUGAUUUAUCCAAAAGGGUCGCACAAAUGUGGAGGUAUCCCUGGAGACAUUGUUCCUCCCCC